GGCCAUAUAUUGGUGUGUACGUGUAUAAUGACUUCCUAUACAAAAAAACAGUGGGAUGCUACCGCUUUAUCCCCCUGUCCUUCCACCUUGUCCCGUUGUGCUCUAGGAACAGUCAGAGCCGUCUCUCCAAGAAGAACAAUGUCAUGAGCAUUCUUCAAUACCGGACAGUGUAUGGUGGUACUUUUUUCCUUUGUCGACACACAUCGAUAUUGCACAGUAUGUGGUACUUCAUUCCUUCAUCGACAAACAUCCAUGCUG